UCCAAGUGUGAUGAGCGGACACUACAUUCUCAUCCUGGAUCCACUAAGCAGAGCCUUUCGUGAAGGUGGGCGUCGUUUCGAGAUAAACGCGUGCAGAAGGUAUGCGGAAUUUCUUCCCUUCUUAAACACGCUUGGAGAUGAAAGAUAUUACCCAAUGACGCUUUUUCGUUUCCCCUUGCGCAUUGCUCCAUCGGAUCUGUCAGACACCAUCUACACGCCGGCAAGAAUACGCGAGCGUUUCAGAGAACUUCUAGAAGACAGCGAUUGUCUUCUCCUAUUUCUCAAGAACAUAGAGAAACUUACCUUUGACGAGCGAGGUGGCUCACAUAGGGAAACAGUUGUUCCCACUACGAUUACUAAAGUACACGGCGACAAGCCACAGUGGGUCAAAUUUCUUGACGACGUUUCUGUAGGGCGUACGGCUAUCACGAGCUGUGAACCAGUGACGAUAAGAACUAAAAUUGCACAAGGGGAAGAGGUGACAACUCAGUGGCUGGUAACAAACAUAGUGCAUACCCUUUAUAAUUCGGCAGAACAACAGUUGUGUACCCGGUUAGGUGUCAUACCGUGGGUAGGGGUGGCCAUGAGUUUACACAAGCCUCCACAGGGGCGAGUCUUCUGCUUCCUCCCUCUACCUUCUGAUCCAGAAAACUCCACCGGGCUGCCCGUACACGUCCACGGGUACUUCGGCCUCAGCGACAACCGCAGGUCUGUGACGUGGACAUCGUCUGACCAACGAGACGAUACGACAGAGUGGAACACGUUGCUGCUCACCCGUCUCAUUCCUACAGCGUAUGCAGAGCUACUAGAGGAAGCCACAGUUUAUAUCGACGCAUCUCGUACCUUGCCGUCCCUGAUAUACGAUUCAUGGCCGUAUACGUUCCAAGACGUAACGACAAGAUGGAAAGGGCUUCUUACCCAAUUUUCUAUGAAUGUCCACGGGCUAUCCAUAUUCCAUACAAAGGCUUCAGGGGGGCAGUGGGUAUCUCUCUAUGAGAUUUGCGAUAAUGACAUUAAUGACGAAGGAAUCAAAGAGGCAGUGGAUGAAACACUGCUUGCUGCAGGGGUCAAUGUUGCAACGCUUCCAAUACAUGUAAGAUCUGUGGUAGCAAUAGCUGGUCACAAGCCAAAUUCCGUGUCUCCAGCUUUGGUAAGAGAAGCACUGAAAGGUAUUCCUGAAUUACCAUCAAAUGUUACCCGAAACAGGAAACUUCAGCUCUUGGAGUACACUUUGUCUGAUGGGUUCUACGAAGACAUGGUAGGCCAACAACUUCUACCUCUGAAGUCAAAAGAGUUCACAUGCUUUACAGUUCCAGACAUGUCAUCAGUUGUUUAUCUUUCGUCUAAAAGACACCGAGCUAGUCUUCUUCCCGGUCUCACCCGACUGCUUGUUGAUGAUGAUGUCAACCGUACGUUGUCUCAGCACCUAAUGGCUUUGGCACGGACAGGGGUUACACAAGUUCGAGAGUUGACUCCCAGCGAUGUUGUGAGGCUUCUUCCCAACGCCUUACCACAGCAUUGGUGUCAAGGGUCUUGGCGGCAGAUUCUAUGGCAGCCAGGGGUAGGCACAGAACCACCACUGACAUGGCUCUCAACAACGUGGACAUGGAUAACUCAAGAGUUUCCUGAUUCACUUGAGCAGUUUGAAGGUUUGCCUCUUCUUCCAGCGAACGAUCUUCAGAGCAAGCAAAUCACCCUCUUGCCUCUUCACGAAUUUGGAGCAAUGUUUAGGCACGUAGUAUCUCCUCAACAACUCAGCAUUUGUGACAUCAUGGAAAAAGUUGGCGUAAACCUCGUCCACUCCCCACUACCUCCGUUCAUUUCACACAAACUAGUGCCAUACUACAUUGUACAACCGACACCGAUGGGGGUAUUGUCCGUUCUUAAUGGGCUAGAACGAUCGGUUGAAUCCAUACUGAACAGAGAAGACAGAGUCUUUCUGAGAGGUUUCCUGGCCACGAUGGGAGGCAGCCACUUGACGGAACAACAAACAUUUGUUUUGAGUAACCUUCUCAUACUGGAAUGCCAGAAUAGUACAGCCUCAUGGGCUUCGACUAUGUUUACCUCAGCCAGACACACUUCCUUGAUCAUGCCAAACGACGACUUUCCUGAGGAUGUCUCCUUGAAACGUCGGUUGCUCUCUUCACGUGAUAGCAGUUCUGUGAGCAUAUACAGACUUCUAAAGCUUCAGCAACUGUCUCUGUCAGAAUUUUUGAUCGCAGACGUUUUGCCCCUUGUACCAGCGUUACCUUUUUCAAAAGUGCAGAAUAUAAUGACGUGGGGUCUUGACAGACUGAGCUCUCUUCAGAGCCAAAGCGGUGACAGGAUUGUAAAUAGUAUCAAGAACAUUGCCUUCGUUACGCGGCAAAAUGGUGAAGUUGCCAAGCCGUCGGAACUAUUCGACCCUACAAAUCAUGACUUCCAGGACCUUUUUGCAAGUGAGAAUGUCUUCCCAACAGGGGUAUAUUGUGUAGAGCCAUAUUUGUCAAGGCUAAAGGUGUUAGGGCUGAAGACUACACUAACGACCGCUGACAUAGUGACAAGUGCAGGCCUGGCGUCAAAGAUGCAACCGUCGAUUGCUAUCAGAAAGGCCAAAAUGGCGUUCGAAUAUAUAAAUUGGAGCCCAUCGUGUUUCACUGUAAGCGAUCAACACUUACUUGCAGACUAUGAGUGGAUGCCCUGCAGACGACAGAGACCAGAUGGCUACUCUGCUGAAUUAGAGUGGUUUGGGGAGAACAUAGUAACGGCAAGACCGGAGAAUGUAGCUGAUAAGACAAUGACAGGCAUCGUGGGAUCAACGAUGCCUAUCUUAGAUGGGGAUCCUUCUGAAGAGUUUAAGUCCACAUUCAAAUGGCCCAAACCACCACCAAUUCAGUCGGUUGUUCUGCAUUUGAAGUCAGUCAUCGACACAUACCUUGCUAGCACGUCACCGAGAGGGGCUCUUUCCGACAUGAUCAUUCAGAUUUAUCAUUUCUUUGCCAAUAGACAAGUAACUCGUCAACAGCUUGAAAGCGAAUUGUCUCGUGUCGGCCUGACAAAUUGGGUUUGGCAAGGGAGUGCCUUCACGUCACCCGAGAGGGCUGCUAUUUAUUCUGAUAUUAGUUUCAACCUCAGCCCUUAUCUUUUUGUUCUCCCUCACCAACUCAUCUCGAACGAAGGGCUGGUAAGGUUCUUCCUUAAGAUGGGCGUUUCCAGUACAUUAGGUGAUGAACAUCUCGUAGGGGUGUUGCACGACAUCCAGGAAGACAGGGGAAGGUCCAUAUCAGAGUUAGAACUAGACCUUUGCAUAAAGAUCAUCAACUUUCUGACGAAAAACUGCUCUCAAGCAUGUACUGCAGAGGGUCUGUUAGUCCCAACGCAUGACGCCGAUGGCGGGACUAGACUUGUGCCUCCUCAGGACUGCAUGUACUGUGAUAGCGACUGGCUGAGGGAGAGAGGGCUUGACCAUCGACUGGGUGGAUCAUUUCGAAUGUUACACCAAAGCAUUUCUCCCAACAUGGCGAACCUGCUUGGAAUCCCAUCUCUGACACACAGAAUUGUUCAACCUACACUUCUCGGACCAGGCAUGAAACUCUUCGGGCAGAAGGAACCAAUCACAAGACGACUUAAGACAAUCAUAGAUGAGUACAAAGAAGGUCCUGGAAUCUUUUAUGAGCUCAUCCAGAAUGCUGACGAUGCAGGUGCAACUGAAGUGAAGUUUGCCGUGGACUGGAGACAAAACCUUCAAGCAAGAGAAUCAUUGCUUGCUCCCGGUAUGGCUGUUUGCCAAGGCCCUGCACUCUGGGCUUACAACAACAAGGUAUUCACAGACGAAGACAUAGAAAACAUCACUGAGAUUUCCGGGGCGACGAAGAAAAGAGACACCAACAAAAUCGGGAGGUUCGGCCUGGGAUUCAACUCUGUCUACCACAUCACAGACGUGCCAAGUUUUAUCAGUAGGCACUACUUCGUCUGCUUCGAUCCGCACACAACACAUCUGUCACCACUGGUGAAUCACAGUGAACCAGGGAUCCGGAUUGAAUGGAACCGAGAUGAAAUACGAAGGGUCUACAGUGAUCAGUUAGCGCCAUUCGAUGGCAUAUUUGAUUGUGACAUCUUCACCUCUGAAACGUAUCCAGCCACACUGUUCCGAUUUCCUUUCCGUACUGAGCAAGAGGGACAAAGUAGUGAAAUCAGCAGCACAGUGUACAACCAGGACCGAUUGGUUCAGCUUUUGACCACGUUUGCCCUGAAUCUCGACACUCUCUUACUUUUCACCCAGCAUGUUCGCUCUGUGACAGUGGUGGAAAUAGAUGCAAAGGGGAAAUACAAAGAGUUGAUGGAGGUUAAGAGCACAGUCAGUCUUAUAGAGAAGCCCCUACCAGGUGGAAUCGAAGGCCAAGAACCUGGCCUCCUUCAAAUAGCAUCAUCGUACAUGAAAAGCCAACAGAAGAAACGUCCAACAGAAAUUCCAUCAAUGCUAAAGGACAUCUUCGUGAAAGUCAUCGACAGAAGAAUAGAGAUAGGAGCAGGGACAUGUGUACCAACGAGGUGGCUAAUCUCUUCCUGCAUUGGAUCGGCUGAGUCCCUCAGGAUGGCUAAAACUCAUCAGGGCAGAGAGAAUGGGCUGUUACCUUGCGCGAGUGUCGCAGCAUCCCUCUAUACAGAAACGUAUCUUCCAAAAUGCAUUGUUGGAAAAGCAUUCUGUAUUCUCCCUCUUCCUGAAGACACAGGUCUGGCCAUACACGUGAAUGCCCCCUUUUCCAUACUAUCUAAUCGACAAGGAAUCUGUAAAAGAUCUGGAUCGACAAUGAAACCAGCCAUGGAAGUGGAGUGGAAUGAAUGCCUGCUACAAGACGCUAUCCCCACUGCGUAUCUAACCCUUCUUCAACAUCUUGCGUUACUCGAAGGGAAUUAUGAAUCCCGUAUCAGUGAUCCUUUUUGCAUAUGGCCAAACGUAUCAGAAAGGAUUGAUCCUUUGUUUCGAGAUAACCUUGUUCCCUGCUUCUAUGAGAAGGUCUUGAGGUCACAAUCGAAGGUCCUAUUCUCCUUGGACCAAAACUGGAUUUCCAUGGAAGAGGCCAUCUUCCUGCACCCAUCUGUCAGAGAGAGUUCAGUUGGCAAUGAAGCCCUGAAGAUACUUCACAUUUGGACAUAUGAGCAGUAUGUAGUUGUUGAUCUGCCGCCGUGGGUAUUUCAAGGAUUUCUAAUUUGCAAUGACCCUGGGAAAAUUGUCGAGAGAAGAGCGCACAGCUUGGAGACGUUGUACAAUAACGUCUUCUAUCCUGCUGUGCAGCAUGGGUAUCUGUCAAAUCACAGAUCGAUCCUCGACAGAUUCGUUCUUUAUCUACUCGAUGAAGUAUUCAAUGAACGUUCCACGGAAACCUCGUACUCCUCGUUAAGACACCUCCCUUGUAUACCAAGCUCUCCACAAGGUACCUUACUGCGCUGCCCAGGUGAAUUAGUCCACCCUGCAAGCAAGGUUGCUAUGCUUUUCGAAAAAGAAGACCAAAGGUUUCCGCACGGCGAAGAGCUGAAUAAAUGAAGGAGAAUCGAUUCUCUCAUACAACUUGGUAUGAUGGUGAACUUCCUCCCGUGGAAACUGUUGUUGGAACGUGCAAAAUCUUUUGAGAAGUU